AUGAAUUCUGACUCCUUAAAGGAGACAGAACAAACUGACACACUUGACACCAAACAAAUUUACCCACACAAAGAAUUGGAAACAGUCAAAAAUUGUGGUGAAUACUGCUGUCCUCAUUUGAGGCCCCUAAUUAAAACAGAAUUCAAUUAUAUUGGUGACGAUGACUACGACCCACAUAUCACUACCAAAGAAACCCCUUUUGCAGCCACAGAGUUAGUUAGACUGAAAAAAGAAUACAGCAGGCUUCCACAUGAGACAGAGACAGAAUAUGUCUUCUGUGUGUCUCUCACAGGAGGAGACCAAAAAACUGAACAGGAAGCCAGUGGAUAUUGGGGCCAUGGAGUCUUUUUAACAACAGGAGACAAACGUAGUGCAUGGUCCAUAACCCAACGGGCUGCCUUUUGGGCAGGCGGAAUUAAUGCCUUGGAAAGGGGUGAUCCCGUAGCUAUUCCCAGCACCCCCGAUAACAUACUGGAGAGUGUACAAAAAGCCGCCUGUCUGCAAAUAAUACAUGAAAGGAAAUUAAUUCUUGGAUGUGACUCUCCUAUGCAAUUGCCUGUGAAGCCCGAAAUUAUGACCCCUUUAAUCCGUGGGCUUCCAGAGUUCUUAAAACCAACUGCAAUUGCCUUACAGAAGACCAUUACUGCACUAAGUCCUGUAGAAAGACUUGAAAGAUUUCUUGGCAACCCCAGCGAAAGAAAUUCAUCUAGUGAUCAAAAUUCCAGCCCGUAUUCAACUUCUUCCCAUGCCGCAACCGCUCAAACCAAUUCAACUACUAAUGAUCGUAAAGUCUGGGUUUGGAGCAAAAUUGCAGUUGAAUUAAUAAAUUACUGUAGACAAUACAGGCCAGUUUCAACACCACAAGACACUUUUCAGAAAAUCAAAGGCAUCAGGAAUGUUAAAACUACUAGAAACGAAAACUCAGACAAAGGAAAAAACAUCUCUACAUGUCAACACUGGUGGCUGUUAGGCAUUAAAAGAGGGGUGCCCAAAGAUGUCAUGGAUGGCUUGCCGCUAGAUAAAUUACAGAAAAUAAUCUCAAACUGGCAUUUUAAAAAACCAAGUUUGCCAGCUCUAGCCAUUGGCAAGAAAACACAACCUAGCACACACACUUCUUCUGAUGAUCUGGGCAGUAAGCCCAGAAAUAAUCAAACAAUUCAAAGCACUGCACCCCCCGCCACACAGCAAGCAAACAAGUCACAUCAAAACCCCCCCACUCAAGACCUAAUUGACUUCAGCAGUGAACCAAAAAAGGUUUUUCACUGA